GUUACUUGAAAUAUUAGAUAAAUAUGGAUAAAGAUAUGAUAUAGAUAGCAUUAAAUCAGAUAUUAAUGAUUUAUUGACUUUACAAAAUAAAAAAUUGAUGACAAACCUUCACCUACUCAUGGAGCUGUUAUUGAACCAAAAAUGCAUAAAUAUUAAAAUUUCAAAUUUAUAAUAAUUUUUUUAUAUGAAAUUGAUAAAGUCAUUACUUUAAGGUAAGCAAAGGCCUUUUAUUAUUUAUAUUCGAUUUAAGAUAUGUCUGUUAUGGCAGCAUAUGAAGCUUAUUGUGAAACAUGAGUUUUAAAUACUCUAAAUCUCAUAAUUAAAGAAUAUUCAUCUUCUUUUAGAUUUGAUUUUAAUGAAAUUGAGUAAUUCGAUAGUUUAAUAGAAUAAUAAUUGAC